AUGGAUACGCUUGUAGCGCGGUACAGCCGCCCCGCAUACCACGAGAAUGAGGUCCUCUCUGAGCAGGAGCAGCAAGACUUCACGGAUACUGUCCCCAGCCUCAAAUUUGCCAUGCCGCCGGUCGCCCACCCCUCGGCCUGGCUCCGCGCAGCAACAGACGACCGAUCAAACCCCUCCUGCCCGAUCAAGAUUGCACACGGCACAACGACACUCGCGUUCCGUUUCCAGCACGGCAUCAUCGUGGCCACCGACUCCCGCGCCACGGCUGGCACCUGGAUCGCCUCGCAGACCGUCAAGAAGGUGAUCGAGAUCAACUCGGACCUGCUCGGCACCAUGGCCGGCGGUGCCGCCGACUGCCAGUACUGGCUGGCCUGGCUCGGCAUGCAGUGCCGGCUGCACGAGCUCCGGCACAAGCGCCGCAUCAGUGUGGCCGCCGCUAGCAAGAUCCUCGCCAACCUCGUGUACCAGUACAAGGGGAUGGGUCUGUCGAUGGGCACCAUGUGCGCCGGCGUGACUAAGGAGGAGGGCCCCGCGCUGUACUAUAUCGACUCGGACGGCACCCGGCUGGCGGGCGAUUUGUUCUGUGUUGGGUCGGGUCAGACGUUUGCGUACGGUGUGUUGGACGCCCAGUACCGCUUUGACCUGUCGACGGAGGAGGCGCUGGAGCUUGGCAGCCGCAGUAUCCUGGCGGCCACACACCGUGAUGCGUACUCGGGUGGUUCUAUCAAUCUGUACCAUGUCAAGGAGUCGGGCUGGGAGAAGCACGGGUUUACGGAUACCAACCCGGUGUUUUGGAAGACGAAGCUGGAGAAGGGCGAGUUCAGCAAUGUCACGAGCAGCCUUGACGAUUAG